AUGGGUUGUUUUCGCUUUCCAUUUCUUGCCAUUCUCUUCAUUUUCUUCUUGUUUGCCAUAACCAUUCGAGCUCAAGUUCCAGCCAACCAAACCUUCAAAUACGUAAAUCAAGGCGAAUUCGGUGACAGAAUAAUUGAAUACGAUGCGAGUUACCGUUGGAUCGAAACCGACGUUUACAGUUUCUACAGAUUUCCCUUCCGCCUUUGUUUCUACAACACCACUCCUGGUGCUUUUAUUUUCGCCAUCAGAGCUGGCAUUCCCAGAGACGAGAGUCUCAUGCGCUGGGUUUGGGAUGCCAAUCGCAACCACCCCGUAGGCGAGAACGCCACCCUUACCUUAGGCCAGGACGGUAAUUUGAUUCUGGCCGAAGCCGAUGGCCGUGUAGUAUGGCAGACUAACACUGCUAACAAGGGUGUCACUGGCAUUAGCAUGGAACCUAAUGGUAACCUAGUUCUUCAUGAUAAGAAUGGGAGGUUCAUUUGGCAAAGCUUUGACUACCCUACUGAUACACUGCUGGUCGGCCAAUCUGUUCGAAUGAACGGAUAUAAUAAGCUAAUUAGUCGCACUUCUGAUGCCGACGGCUCUGAUGGGAAGUAUAGUAUGGUGCUAAGGAACGAUGGGUUAAUCAUGUAUCUCAACAACUCUGGUCAGCUACUCAUCUAUGGUGGUUGGCCUGGUUCGAGCUUGGGAAGCUUUGUAACUUUCGAUGCAGUACCUGAAAACGAAAAUGCUACCGCAUAUGAGCUUGUGCUGGCCAUCAACCAAGAUGUACCACCACCAGGACACAGUCGGCGUCUUCUCCAAUCACGGCCAAUCCGGAAUGGGGGACAAUUAAACCUCAACAAGCUCAACUAUAAUGCAACCUACUCGUUUUUAAGACUUGGCUCGGAUGGAAAUCUAAUGGCCUACACUUACUAUGACAAAGUAAGCUACCUGAAAUGGGAAGAGAGCUUUGCCUUUUUCUCUAGUUACUUUAUCAGAGAAUGUGCACUGCCAUCAAAGUGUGGCUCAUAUGGAUUGUGUCAGAGGAGGAUGUGUGUGGCUUGUCCAAGCCGUAAAGGCCUUUUGGGGUGGAGCGAGAGUUGUGCGCCGCCACAGUUGCCUCCGUGUAAGAGCGGAGCUAUGGUGGAAUACUAUAAGAUUGUGGGUGUGCAACACUUCUUGGGCCCGUACAUGGAUGAUGGGGAAGGUCCGAUGAAGGUUGGAAAGUGCCGACAGAAAUGUGAUAAGGAUUGUAAGUGUGUAGGGUUCUUUUACAAGGAAGAUACUUCUAAGUGCUUGCUUGCACCAUUGCUUGGGACCCUAAUUAGCGAUGUGAAUACUUCUGUGGGAUAUAUCAAGUAUUCAAAGUAGGAGGACAUUUGCUAGAGGUUUCGUGUUGACGCAGUUAUGGUGGGCAUUACGGGUUUGAAACGCUGGAGUUUAAUAUUUUAAAACAAUCUCUGUAUGUGUGUUGAAUAAAUCAUAAAUAAAUUGUAC